GUCAGUAAUGGCGGGCAGUAUGUGAUGGAGGAAAGAGGUAUUGAGAAUUUGUGGGAGAGAUGGAAUCCUGCGAGUGAAUUUUAAGACCAGAGAGAGAAUUUCAGAAAGAGAGAGAGAGAGAGACCUGUGAUCCAGUCACGGUAUUUAAGUAAGCGGCGUCAGGAGUGGUCGAGUGAUUCUAGGGGAAAGAUUCUAGAGAGAGAGAUUUUAGAGAGAGAGUUUAUGAGAGAGAAGUGAUCUUAGUGUGGGAAUUUAUAGUUCACAUUUGCCGGCAUAAAGGGCCAGCUUUUGGGGGCUGCAAGAAAGAAGCUCCAUUAUUUCCCGUUAAUUUCUGCGACUUUACAGCCAUGACAGAGAACCAGUCCGGUCCGGUUAUGGAACUGUCCAAUGUCCAUCAAACCUUCUCUCUCCAUGACCAUUAGUCCAUUGGCGACCUGCAAAAGAAAACCCACAAAAAAUUAAUCAUGGGUUUUCAGUUUCAACCAAAUAAUGGUGAUGGAAUUGCCAUUUCUCAGAGAAACAACAGCCCAAGAUACUCAGAACCCAAAACCAGAAGAACCCACUCUUUCAAAAGAGGAAAUGGCAAUAACUUAGAUUUAGAAAUCCAAUUGAAAUCACCAAGAUCAGAGCGCAAUUUUUCUAGAGUUGAUGAGGGAGAAGGGGAGGCUUUUUCGGAGAACAGGAAGCAUGUCUCUAGAGUUUCUCAGAGAUCCCCUUUGUCUGGAAAAUAUGGGGGGAAGAAGAGCAGGGUUAAUGAUUAUGGAGAGAGAAGUAGUAAGAGAAAGUUUGGUCAUUUCAUGUUCUUCGUAUUUUGUGUGGGCUGCUUGUUGUUGGGUGUGUUGAAGAUCUUGGGUUCAUGGUGGAUUGGAUCUGGGUCCAGUAGUUUGGGUAUUCAUCAGGAAUCUUCAGUUACACCCAUCACAAGUCGAGGCUUUCCAAGGUCCCAUGACCAUGGACUAAGAGAGGGGAUUGAAAAUGAACGUACUUUAUUAACUGUCACGUCUUUUGCAAUUGAAAGCUCAUUUGGCCAGCUUCCUAGUUUCUGGUCCACGCCAAAUACUGAAAGCUUCAGACAAUGCAUCGAUAGGCCAAAAAGUUCCAAAAAAUCUGAAUCCAAGACAAAUGGGUAUAUCCUUAUAAAUGCUAAUGGUGGCUUGAAUCAGAUGAGAUUUGGGAUAUGUGACAUGGUAGCUGUUGCAAAGAUCAUGAAGGCAACUCUUGUCCUCCCCUCUCUUGACCACACUUCUUAUUGGGCUGAUGAGAGUGGCUUCAAAGAUUUGUUUGAUUGGCAACAUUUCAUUGAGACACUCAAGGAUGAUAUUGACAUAGUGGAGAGAUUACCUGAUGCUUAUGCUGGGAUUGAGCCCUUCAAGAAAACCCCUGUUUCUUGGUCCAAGGUCAGCUAUUACAAAUCAGAGGUCCUCCCUUCUUUAAAGCAACACAAAGUUAUGUACUUCACUCAUACUGAUUCUCGGCUUGCCAAUAAUGGGAUUCCAAGUUCAAUACAGAAGUUAAGGUGCCGAGUAAACUAUCAUGCUUUGAAGUACUCAGCUGCAAUAGAAGAGCUUGGGAAUACUCUGGUAUCAAGGAUGCGAAGGGGUGGAAGCCCCUAUAUUGCACUACAUCUCAGGUAUGAGAAGGACAUGCUAGCUUUCACAGGAUGCAGCCAUAACUUGACCAAGGAGGAAGGUGAAGAGCUCCGCCAAAUGAGGUAUGAGGUGAGCCAUUGGAAAGAGAAAGAAAUAGACGCGGUUGAGCGUAGAAAACAGGGGGGUUGCCCUCUCACUCCUCGAGAGACUUCCCUUCUCUUAAAGGCAUUGGGCUUCCCUCAAACAACCAACAUCUACUUGGUGGCUGGUGAAGCCUAUGGCAAUGGAAGCAUGCAAUACUUGAGAGAAGAAUUCCCAAACAUUUUCUCUCAUUCUUCUCUCACUACAGAGGAUGAGUUAAGGCCUUUCAGGAAUCAUCAGAACAUGCUUGCUGGGUUGGACUAUGUUGUGGCCCGCCAAAGUGAUGUCUUUAUCUACACCUAUGAUGGUAACAUGGCCAAGGCUGUGCAAGGGCACCGGCGUUUUGAGAACUUUAGGAAAACCAUAAACCCAGACCGGCAAAAUUUGGUAGAAUUGAUUGAUGCAUUGGACAAGGGCAAGAUCUCGUGGGAAGAGUUCAGUAAUAGGGUGAGAAAAUUACAUGAGGAUCGGGUUGGUGGGCCCUACAUGCGGGAGCCUGGAGAGUUUCCAAAGUUCGAGGAGAGUUUCUAUGCAAAUCCAAUGCCAGGUUGUAUAUGUGAAUCUCAUUGAAGGUAAUUAGUAGCUCUUAAAUGCCUCUCAGUGAAUAAGCUUUAGAGAGCCUGUUGUCCCUCUCCGCAAAGAGUCCUUUUAGCAGUUUGCGGGCCAAAUUCCAAAGCAAAGCCUAGGGCCAUGUGGAACAUUGAAGGCCAUCUCUAGGGGUUGUAUAUGAAGGCGGGUGAUGCUGACCGUGUUUGACCUAUAUUGCUCUAUUUCUCUUUCGCGCUCUCUCUGGGGCGAGAAUUAUGGUGUGGGAUUUGAACUCUGGUGUCUCCUUGGGCCACCCACCUAAGACUCUUACCAGCUGAAGAAGUUCUUGGUUACUGAGACCUGCGAUUUCUUGGAUAUGAAGAGAUGAAAUAAAACUGGCCCAUAGAAGGCUGGUUCUGAGAAUGGAGUUACUGUAAACAGAAAGUUAAUGUAAACAGAAAUGUUCGGAAAGCGAAGACUCUCUGAAGUUGCGGGUUAAGAAUUUUGUUUACAGGUAAUUAAAGAGUGUCGAAGUGUGAAGAGGCUGCAUACUUGGAAUUUACUUGAAUUUAUUUACAUUCACGUGAUCCUUAAACCAUUUUGAGGGCUGGAUGAGCCAGCGGAUUGUUCGUUGCAAGGUUGUUUGUUGGUGAUGGACACAGGAAAUUUCUUCAUGCAUUGUUCUCUGCAUGAAUUGAAAUGGUUUUGUUCCAUGGGAAGAAGUGUUGAUUGUAUCAAAGCUUCCAUUGAUAAUAAAGCUCUCUCUCUCUCUCUUGGCAUUC